CCAUAUUCUCAUUUGCACACUGCACCCAUGAACACCCCAAAGCGCACCCUCACAGAAGAUUUACACGCGUCAAAUAUUGCGUCCAAUACACCCGUAUCAUCGUGUGUGGCACGCUCGUCUUGAUUGUUUUGUCAUAAGAGCCAAGCAGAUCGAGUAGAGCCACUGACCCAGACCUCGCUUCUCAGCUACGCAAUGUUGCUAUGCGAGCUAGACGGAAUGUCUCCCAAGGUUAUGCAACCAACAAGGACCCAUUACAACCGGGGCCGUCACCGCGUAUCAAGUCUGUCUCAGCCACAAACACCAUCUUCCGUUCUUCAAACGACAUUAUGCACGAUGUUUUCUUAUCAAACGAGUCGAGAUUUCUACAUGCGUCAAGGAAACGAGCUCGUCCUGAAGAGGACGCCGCUGACGUCGACUCUACGAUCUUCUCCCGCAUUGAUGAAGCUGGCACCACUAUGACCUUGGUUAACUCUCUGGAUUUGCAGGCACCCAGUAGGCUCAUCAAGCCUCUUAGAAAGCCCGGGAGAACGGCUCUGCAGAUUAAUUCUUUACCUGCCUCUAUGUGGUCUAACAACCCGGCGGAGUGUACGAAUGACGUCGAGGAAGAGGAAGAGGAAGAUUGGAGCACUUUCGAUACGGGCUCGAAACAGUUUGAGCCCAUGCUACUAUCAUAAACAUUGGAGGUUACAUAUGUUAUUGUAUUGCCAUCAAUCAUUUCACUAUAACGGCGGAUCUAUUUCCCGUUGAUUUCCUG